AUGAAGGAAAGCUAUUCAGAUACGAGUAAAAACCUUGACAGAAACUGGGUCUUGAAACGUAAACGAAGAAAGCUUCCAUGUGGUACAGAUAAGUCCAGUGACAGGGGAAAAAAUUCCAAAUCUGUAGAAUAUCCAUCAAGCACUUCAUCCAAACGUGACUUGAACGAAAAAGUUUCUUCAGAUCAUUCUUAUAGCAAGAAAAAAGGAACUGAUGGGUAUUAUUAUGAGUGCGUAGUUUGUGAUCGUGGUGGAAAUUUGCUGUGUUGUGAUAGCUGUCCCCGUACCUAUCACAUUCAUUGUUUAGAUCCUCCUCUAAAGCGUAUUCCUUCUGGGAAGUGGGAAUGCCCAACCUGCUGUCAGAAGAGUCCUUCAUUGGAGCCUGUAAACUAUCUCGAUCCUGUUACAAAACGACCACGGACAAAAAUUAUCAUUCGAAGAUCAAAAGCAGAAAAUGAAUCAUCUGAAACUAACAAGGUAUCUGAGGCAUUUGGAGGCCCCAGUUCUGGGAAGAAGAAGUCCUCAGACAAAGAAAACGCAUCGUUGCCUCGUCAUGGAGAAUUGGUUGAAAAGUUUGACUGUUCCUCCAAUGACGAAUGUUGCAUUAACGAAACAGGUAAUCUUGUGCAGGAUGGUUCUGUGGAGGGUAGUUCAUCACAUGCUGGUGUUGAUAGGAAGCUGGAGGUCUCUCUUGCUCACAUACCUGUUGAGAAGUUAGUUACUCCUGUUAAGGAAAUGUCUUCGACAAAGGAAAAAAAAUCAACUAUGAACGAGGAAGCUUCUGAGAUAAAGCCUGAAGCAUCUCCAGGAAAUGGAUCUGUCAUUGCAAAGGAAGCUCCCACCCGGAUAGCCAGAAAAAGAAAGCGAAAGGUUUAUGCCCUCGGUGAUCAGAAAAAGUGCAAGAGUGACGAAGGAAAAUCUACUACAUAUUCUUCUGGGAAAGGUGUGUCCAAAGCAAAAGCUGCACGUCCAGGAAUUUCUAAAUCAAAGGGAAAACGCAAGAUAGUUUGCCAUGGGGAUUGUGUAACUCCAUUAAAGCAGGAUGUUAUUGACACCCAACUAAAAAAUGAGAUCAUUUCUGAAGAAGCAGCUUGUAGAACACAUGAAUCACGUGUAGCUGUGAAAAUUGCAGUUGAGCCCUUGGCAUGUGAAGAUAAUGCUGCUGAAGUUCAGCAGGUCGAUCGGAUUAUGGGUUGUCGUGUGAAAAGUGGUAAUGUAAAUUCUGCUUGCAAUGUUCUCAUGACGGAUGUGGAUGAACUCUCUUUGGAGGAUUCUGUAGUUGCAGAAGAUUUAAAUAAAGUAUAUGGGAAAAGCCCCGGCUCUGAAAUGCCUGGGAUAGGCAUAGGAAAGAUUGACAUGGGUUGUCAGAAUAUUGCUAGCUGUUCCAAUGGGAGCAAGAACGUAACAGAUCGCGUGAAUGAAGGUAAGCUACAAGUAUACCUAAGAUCUUCAACCAAAGAAUGUAAAGAACGAAAUUUCAAGGAUUCUAUGAGAGACAUUGAAGAUUCUAAUGUUCUGAAUAAUAAAAAUAUAGAUGACAAUAUUUCAAGCCCAGAAAGUACAGCAAAGACUGCCAAGAUAAUCUCAGAAGGCAAGAAGAUUGAUUUUGUCUUGGAAAGUUGUAACCAUGAUGUCUUAAACAACUGUCAAACUCACGUUACUGAUGAGAAUGAAAACUCGAAGGAUGGGGAAAUUAAGAUGACAAUAAUAUGUGCUCCUAAAAAGUCCUGCUUGGAUGAAUCUGGAUUCUCUGAAGGAUUGACCGUCUCAUUUGAGUUUUUGGUCAAGUGGGGUGGGAAAUCUCACAUCCACAACAGUUGGAUUCCCGAAUCUGAACUGAAAGUUCUGGCGAAACGGAAACUGGAGAAUUACAGGGCAAAGUAUGGGACAUUAACUAUAAAUCUUUGCCAGGAACAGUGGAAGCUACCUCAGCGAGUGAUUGCUACUCGGUCUUCUAUAUGUGGUUCAACUGAAGUAUAUGUAAAGUGGACAAGUCUUCCUUAUGAUGAAUGCACUUGGGAAAGAACCAGUGAACCUGUAAUUGCGAAAUCGCUUCACUUGGUUGAUUUAUUCUUUAAAUUUGAACGCCAAACGCUGGAGAAUAAUUCUGGAAAACACGAUUCAACAUGGAGAAAAGGUGACUUCCAACAAAAUGAAGUAAUUACUCUCACUGAGCAGCCUAAAGAGCUAGCGGGAGGUUCUUUGUUUCCACAUCAGCUGGAAGCAUUAAAUUGGUUGCGUAAAAGCUGGCAUAAAUCAAGAAAUGUGAUACUUGCUGAUGAAAUGGGGCUUGGAAAAACAGUAUCAGCUUGUGCUUUUUUAUCAUCAUUAUAUUUUGAAUUUAAAGCUACUCUGCCUUGUCUGGUUUUGGUUCCUCUAUCCACAAUGCCCAACUGGAUGGGUGAGUUUUCGCUAUGGGCUCCUAACCUCAAUGUGGUGGAAUAUCAUGGGAACACGAGGGCUCGAACCAUAAUUCGUCAAUAUGAAUGGCAUGCAUAUGAUCCUAGUGGGUUGAAUAAGAAAACAUCAGGUUAUAAGUUCAAUGUUCUUUUAACUACUUAUGAAAUGGUUCUUGCCGAUUCCUCUCAUCUACGUGCAGUUCCUUGGGAAGUUCUUGUGGUUGAUGAGGGGCACCGUCUGAAAAACUCUAGCAGUAAGCUUUUUGGUUUGCUAAAUACUUUCUCAUUCCAACAUAGGGUACUGUUGACAGGUACUCCUCUUCAGAACAAUAUAGGGGAGAUGUAUAAUCUACUAAACUUUCUGCAGCCAGCUUCAUUUCCUUCUCUCUCUUCAUUUGAGGAGAAAUUUAAUGAUCUAACAACUGCCGAAAAGGUAGAAGAACUGAAGAAACUUGUUGCCCCGCAUAUGCUUCGUAGGCUUAAAAAGGAUGCCAUGAAGAAUAUCCCCCCAAAGACUGAACGAGUAGUUCCUGUUGAGUUGUCAAGUAUUCAGGCAGAAUAUUAUCGUGCCAUGCUAACAAAGAAUUAUCAGGUGUUACGAAACAUAGGGAAAGGGGUUCCACAGCAGUCGAUGUUAAAUAUUGUGAUGCAGUUACGAAAGAUUUGCAAUCAUCCUUAUCUUAUACCUGGCACUGAGCCUGAAUCUGGAUUGGUGAAUUUCCUUCAUGAAAUGCGAAUAAAAGCUUCAGCCAAGCUAACUUUGCUGCAUUCUAUGCUCAAGGUGUUACACAAAGAAGGUCAUAGAGUCCUUAUCUUUUCACAAAUGACCAAGUUACUUGACAUCCUUGAGGAUUAUGUGUCUAUCGAAUUCGGGGCAAAGACAUACGAGAGAGUUGAUGGCUCUGUAUCUGUGGCUGAUCGACAAGCAGCAAUAAUUCGUUUUAACCAAGAUAAGAGUCGAUUCAUAUUCCUUCUAUCAACACGCUCUUGUGGCCUUGGCAUCAACUUGGCGACUGCUGACACUGUCAUUAUCUAUGAUUCUGACUUUAACCCACAUGCAGACAUCCAAGCCAUGAAUCGGGCACAUCGAAUCGGACAAUCAAACAGGCUUCUGGUGUAUAGGCUUGUUGUCCGUGCUAGUGUUGAAGAGCGCAUCUUACAACUUGCAAAGAAGAAAUUGAUGCUUGAUCAACUUUUUGUGAACAAGUCUGGGUCGCAAAAGGAGGUGGAGGACAUCCUAAAAUGGGGAACUGAAGAACUUUUUUGUGAUUCUUCUUCCAUAACAGAAAAAGAUGGUGAAAACCACAACAAUAAAGAUGAAGCAGUUACAGAGCCGAAUACCAGGAGGAGAACUGGUGGCCUUGGGGAUGUAUACGAAGAUAAAUGUGCAGAUGGUAGCAAUAGGAUUGUGUGGGAUGAAACUUCUAUUUCAAAAUUGCUAGACCGCUCGCACGUCCCAUCUGAUUCACCUGAUAAUGCUGAAUCAGAAAUAGAGAACGAUAUGCUUGGUUCAGUGAAGUCCCUAGAAUGGAAUGAUGAACCAACAGAAGAACAAGAUGGAACAACAUCUGUUCCCAUGGGCACUAGUGCUCUGUGUGCACAGAAUUCUGAUAAAAAGGAUGAUGAUUUGACUGGCAGCAAUGAAGAAAAUGAAUGGGACAGGCUUCUGCGAGUUAGAUGGAAGAAAUACCAGAGUGAGGAAGAAGCAGUCCUUGGCCGGGGAAAACGUCAAAGAAAAGCUGUUUCUUACAAGGAAGCAUACGUGACACACCCCAGUGGAACACUGAGUGAAAGUGUUGCGGAAGAGGAACUGGAGUCCAAACCCGUGCCUGAGCGACAGUACACUCCGGCAGGACAUGCGCUUAAAGCAAAAUAUGCAAAACUUCGUGCUAGACAAAAAGAACGGUUGACAAAGAGGAAAGCAAUUGAAUCAUCUACUCCCAUCAAGGAAUAUUACAGACUAGAGUCAUUUCCUCAAUUCCCUCCUCUGCGUGCUAAAGAUGAUAAUCAAAUGACCAUAUCAACUCAGCCUGUCGAAGAGAAGGCUACAACCUUGGACUUUGAAAAUAAGAGUCAUAGUCAAACCACAGGACCCAAUAGCAAGACCGACUCGACCAUGAUGCUGGAUUCUAACCAGUUGGAGCCAUUGCAACGAAAAUUCUCAAGACCAAAUAAAAGACAAUACAAGCAAGGACUUGGGCCGGAGUUGCCUUUACCUGCUACUUGUUCUAGUGUGUUAAACGAGAUGACUGUUAAAGGUAAAGAGGCAGUCCCAGGCAAAUUCAAUUUUCCAAAUCUUUCUUCUGGUGCUUCAAUUUCACAACCUAAGAGUGACAUCCCUAGUAAUUAUUUACCCUCGAAUCCACAUCUCCUGGAUGUUCUGAGAGGAAAAAGCUUGGUGGAGCAUCUUGGAAACUUGGGGACUACUUUCUCUGGUUUUCGAGAAAAGCCUCUCUUGCCCAAAUUACCUUUUGAUGAGAAGCUGCCGAGAUAUUCAUUUCCUAGUGCAAACUUUCCCUAUCCAACCCCUGACUCCUUCUCAAGCUUAUCACUGGGAUCUAGUAUAGCACACCGAAGUAAUUCUGUCCCUGAACUCCCUAAGAUUCCGUUAUUGCCAAAUCUCAAAUUUCCUCCAGAUCUUCCCAACCAUAACCAACAAGAACAGCAAAUGCCUCCAGGAUUGUGCUCGGAUCCGAUGCCACCAUUUUUUGCAUUUCCCGAAAACCAUCGUAAAGCUCUUGAGAAUAUGCUGAAAACUGGACCUGGCUCCAGCAAUUUGCUGAAAAUGAAACCAAAGGUAGAUAUCUGGUCUGAGGAUGAACUUGAUUAUCUGUGGAUUGGUGUUCGUAGACAUGGAAUGGGGAAGUGGGAUUCAAUGCUACGAGAUCCAAGGCUAAAGUUUUCGAAGUUCAAAACUGCUGAAGAUUUGUCAGCAAGAUGGGAAGUAGAACAAGUUAAGAUCUUGGAUGGGUCAGCAUUACCGGGACCAAAGUCUAUCAGGCCUCCAAAGUCCGCGAAUUCGUUCUUAUUUUCUGGGAUAUCUGAUGGACUGAUGGCACGGGCAUUGCACGGAACUAUAUCUGAUUUGCCUGGAACUAGCUCUGAUGGAAUGAUGGCAGGGGGAUUGCAUGGAACUAAAUGUGAUGGGUCACUGAAAUUCCACACCAGCAUUACAGAGAUGAAAUUGGGUCUUGGUGAUCUGCCUGUUAGUUUGACACAUCUGGAACCAUCUGAUCCUCUUCCAACUUGGAUUGCUGCUAAGUUCCCAGCAAAGUUGUCCAGAGACUCCUCUGCAGGACCUUCCGAUGGAUUAGUUCUUUGCUCAAGCAUACCAGAGUCGCCAUAUCUGUUGAAUUCAUCAGGAACUAAUAGUUUUCAUUCUCUUGGUUUAAAUUGUUCAGACAGAUUUAAGGCACAGCAGAUGGAGAGACAAACGGAUGCAACUAGAUUAGGUUUAUUGCCUGAUCCUGGUAACAUGGGAUGCAGUGAGCAUAAAAGUUCUUCUCUGGUUGCCAAUUGUAACAGUGACCAGAAGGUUCCACAAUCUAAAGGAAAAGAAGUGGUUGCUACAUGUACUCCAAAAGAAAAGCUGCCUCAUUGGCUUAGAGAAGCAGUAGAUGCUCCUGGUAAAACUCCAGAACCUGAUCUGCCACCGACUCUCUCUUCAAUAUCACAAUCUGUUCGUGUCUUAUAUGGGGAAGAGUCCUCCAAAAUUCCCCCAUUUAUUGAGCCAGGACUGCCUCCCCCACGGCCACAGGAUCCUCGAGGCAAUUUGAAGAAGAGGAGGAGGAGGAGGAGGAGAUCACAUGCAGCCAAUCAAGACUCUCAAGUCGGUAACUGCCAAGGUAGCCACCCUGGAGAACAUGUUGGUUCAUCAUAUAUUCCCCUAGAGGCAGGCUUCCCUCUGCAUCCAAAUUCGAGUGACGGUGUUUCAGGAGUCCCAAGGAUUGAGCCCAACCUCAACAUAUCUUCUCUCAAUCCAAAAAUGACAAGUCUUUCAUCUUCGUCUGGGAUGACUCCAAUCAAGGAAGUGACUGCAGGAUUAUCCUCUUCACCUGUAGUCCUUGAAUUGAUCUCUUCCAGUGAUGCACCAGGUCCACCUACUGCAACACACCCAGACUUCAAUGGCAGCUUGCUCCAUUUGCAAAAUUCUGUUGAUCAAGGAAGCUCAGAACCCCAAGAUGCGUGUGUGGAACACAAGUCAAACCAGAAGUUGCCUGCCGUAGAAGAGCAGACUGGAAGUGGCGAUUCCAGCAAAACGCUGUCUGAUCCUGUUCACUCUGAACAGCCAGAUGGAGAGGUGUCUUCAGAAGGGACAAUAGCAGUUCAACCUGUAAGCAACCAUGAACCAUUGACAGAUGUGGGGAGUUGA